AUGGACACGAUCGGGUAUAUUGCGUUCGAAUCUAGUCCAAUCAGUUUAGGUACAUCAGUAUUUUGUCUGCGUUGGUCACCUGAUAACAGUUCAAUACUCUAUUGUGCUGGAAAACAUCUCGUGAUAAAACCACUUCUAUCCAAUUCAAAGCAAAAUACUUGGAAAGCACACGAACAAGUUGUUCUGAAAUGUUACUGUAAUUCAGUUAAUAAUCUAAUCAUUUCUGGCAGUGAAGAUUGUCGAUAUAAAAUAUGGGAUGCGCUCGGUCGCCUAUUAUAUACUAGUCAAGCGUAUGAGUACCCUAUUACAAGUCUCGCAUGGGCACCUGAUGGUCGAGAUUUUGCUGUGGGUUCUUAUAAUACCAUACGAUUAUGUGAUAGUGCUGGUUGGUGUCAUUCGGUUGCUAGAUUCAACGAUGGUAGUAUAUUUGGUGUAUCAUGGUCCAGCGAUAGCACACAAUUAGCAUGUGGAUGUGGAACUGGUCGAAUUGGAAUUGGACAUAUAAUUGAACGUGGGAUGAACUGGCGUCAUUUCGAAUUCGUUCUUACUGAUUCGAAAAUGAUUACUGUUAAUAACUAUGAAACAGAAUUGAGCGAUCGGAUAGAAUUAAGAGAUCGUCUUGUCAAAAUGUCUGUUGGCUUUGGAUUUUUAAUCGUUUUGACUACCAAUCAAGGUUUAAUCUAUAAUUGUAAACAAUUCGGUCAUCCAGCUCUAUUCGAUUUGCGCGAUAUCUUUAUGAACUUAAUUGUUCAAUCAGAGAAAUAUUUUCUUCUUUCCGAUGGAAUGAAUGUUUCAGUCUAUUCAUAUGAAGGUCGAUUUGUUUCAACUCUGAAGUUAAUAUCACCUAGACCAAAUUCGAUCCAUCUAAAUACUAUUUCAAUGAGUUAUGAUAUGAUCGCUGUACGAGAUUCAACCGAUACGAAAUCCGUUAUGUUCUUUGAUAUUAAUGGAAAGCCAAUGGUAGAUGGAAAACUCACUUCGCAUAAGCAUGAGAUAAGUCAUUUGGCACUUGACCAGACAAGUUCAACUAAUGAACGAAAACUUGCAUUUCUCGAUAAGUUUCAAGAUCUUUUCGUGAUGUGUAUUCAUACUUCUGGACAACAUCAGCAGUCGAACUACCAAAAACUGCGAAAGCUCUGUACAAAUGUAAGCAGUUUCCGUUGGAAUGAGAAAAAUGGUAUGCUAGCUUGUAUUGCCGAUGGAAAACUAACUAUUUGGCUCUAUCCAAACGUUGUUUUCAUCGAUCCAAGCUUACUGAAUAAAACCGUAUAUCGAAUAGAAUCAAAUGAUUUCGGGAAAAGUCCAUCGAUUGUGAAUUUUCUCGGCUGUCAAAUCACGAUCCGUAAGUCUACUGGUGCAUUAAUUCAAUGUGCAAUACCAAUCUACUACGAACUUUGUCUGGAUUUACUUGCUGCAAAUCGAGGAGAUGAAGCUUUACAAUUGUGCCAAUACAUCUCAGAUGAUUCUAUCUACGCUUUGAUUGCAGUGAGUUCAUUGUACAAUCGUGAUUUGGAUUCAGCAGAGAAUGCUUUCGCUCAAUUAUCGAAUACCGAAAUGAUUUUAUUUCUACAGCAUCUUCGUUCGGUUACAUCGAAAGACGAAUAUGAAGCUGAACUAGUAUUACUUACUGGAGUGAAUGUACAACAGGCAGAGGAGUAUUAUUUUCGGGGAAACAAGCCUCUACACGCUAUCAUGUUGCAUAUCAAUGAACAUAAUUGGAAUCGUGCCAUUGAUUUGACUCAACGAUAUCCUCAAUACUUGGACGUAGUUGUUGGUUAUCGACAAAGAUAUUUGAACGAAUAUGGAAACGGAAGAAAAGAAACUAUUUCCAAGUAUCUGCAAGCAAUGAGAACAGUUGACAUUGAUUGGAAUCGAAUUAAUGCAAAACUAUGCAAAGAUUUGAACGAAGACAAUGCACUGAGAAUUAUUAAUUAA